AUGCCAUCCCUAGCCAAAGCCCUCACAGCCCUCGCGCUGCUAACACAAACCCUCGCUCUGAGUCCAACUAAGCCCCUCAAUGCCCGCGCUUCAACCUGUACACCGAAAGCAGGGGGAUCAUCUUCAGUGGACGAUGUACCAGCCAUCACAUCCGCGAUCACAUCUUGCGGAAAUGGGGGAACAAUUGUCAUCCCCGCUGGUAGUACAUACUACCUGAACAGCGUGCUCGAUUUUGCAGGCUGCACCGGCUGCGACUUCCAAGUUGAGGGCCUGUUGAAGUUCUCCUCAUCGACGAGUUACUGGGAGGGUCGCACUGCCAUGAUCAACGUUAAGAAUAUCAAUGGACUUAAGAUCCGAUCGUUGACGGGGAGUGGAGUUAUCGAUGGAAAUGGACAGAACGCAUGGGACCUCUUCGCAAAAGAUAGCAGUUACGCCCGCCCAACACUCCUCUACAUAGUCGGCGGCUCAAACAUCGAAGUAUCAAACCUGCGCCAAAAGAACCCACCAAACGUCUUCAACUCCGUGAAAGGCAGCUCAUCCAAAGUAAUCUUCUCCCAUCUGAAGAUGGACGCGACAUCGAAGAGCGACAACGCGCCCAAAAACACUGACGGCUUCGACAUCGGCCAGAGCACAGACGUCACAAUCAGCAACGUAAACGUCAGCAACGACGACGACUGCGUGGCCUUCAAGCCCGGCUGCGAUGGCGUUACCGUGACAGAUAUAACCUGCACGGGGAGUCACGGAUUAUCUGUUGGAUCAUUGGGCAAGGGAUCAGAUGAUACAGUGAAGAACGUGUACGUAUCCGGCGCGACGAUGAUCAAUUCGACCAAAGCAGUUGGGAUAAAGACAUACCCUUCCGGCGGCUCGCAUGGUCUGUCAACUGUGAGCAAUGUGACGUGGAGUGGGGUUGUUGUUGAUGGAUGCGACUAUGCGAUUCAGAUCCAGAGCUGUUACGGCGAGGAUAGUGAGUAUUGUGAAGAGAACCCGGGGAAUGCGAAGUUGUCUGGGAUAUUGUUUGAAGACAUCAGUGGGACGACGAGUGGGAAGUAUGGUGCCGUGACGGGCAAUUUGGACUGCGGAUCUGGGGGUACUUGUGAGGUGAAGAUUAGUUCGUACACGGUGAAGCCGGCGUCUGGGGCUGGGAAGGUGCUUUGUGCGAACACCCCGUCUGAUUUGGGGGUUACUUGUACUGCUGGAGCAUCGGGAUGA